ACCUGCGCGUGUCUCUCAGGCGGCGGGCGCGCGCCCGGUGUUGUGUGCCACUCUCUUAAUAUUCGCCGCUUUUUUCUUUAUCUUUAAUUUCCUUUAUUUUCCUUCCUCCAAUGGACUACGAGGGCAAAGUGUUCCCCCACUCGGGCGGCUACGGCCGCUACAACCGCGUCGUGGUUCUGUUCAGCUGGUUCCCGACCUUCGCCGUCACGUUCAACCUGUUCAGCGACGUCUUCUUCACCGCCAUCCCGGAGUCGUACCACUGCCGCGACCCGCAGCUGCUUCCCGCCGCUCUCCUGCUCGCCAACAUGUCCCGGUCGGGCUACUUAAACCUCACCAUUCCGUGGGUUAACGGCAGCGGGCUGAGCCACUGUGAACUUUACAAGUACCCCAGCAACUCCUCCGGCUUUUCCCCAACUCUACCCCGGGAGAGGGUGAGCUGUACGCGGGGUUGGGAGUACCAGCAUGUGUCGGGGCUCCGGAGCAACUUCGUCACGGAGUGGAACCUGGUGUGCAGCGACUACUGGAAAAUCCCCCUGCAGCACAUCUGCUUCAUGACAGGAUGGAUUCUGGGAUACAUCUUCAUCGGCUCUUUGUGCGACUGGUUAGGUCGGCGACGAGGUUUCCUCCUGUCCAUCAGUCUGUCCAGCCUGUUUGGCGUGACCGUGUGCUUGUCCAACAGUGCCGUGGUCUUCCUGCUGCUGCGUCUCUCUCAGGGCGCCAUGCUAGCUGGGGUCUUUGUAUCCUCCUACAUUGCCAGGUUGGAACUCUGCGACCCUCCCCGUCGUCUCAUGGUCGCCAUGGUCAGCGGCUUCUUCGGCGUCUUCGCAGAGCUGCUGUUGCCAGGCGUGGCAGUUCUGUGCCGCGAUUGGCCGGUUCUCCAGGCUGUUACCACGUUACCUUUGCUCCUGCUCAUCUCCUAUUGGUGCUGUGCGUCCGUGUUUCCCGAGUCCCCUCGUUGGCUGCUGGCCACGGCUCAGAUUCCUCGAGCCAAGAGGAGCCUCCAGGAAUUCUCCACCAGGAACGGGGUGUGUUUGCCGGAUGAACUGUUCCCUGGUGAAUCUCUGAUGUCAGAAGUCCAGUCCGCCUUCGAUGACGAGUGCCGGCCGAGGUAUUAUUCCAUCCUGGCCCUGCUUGAGACUCGUGUUAUCUGGAAGAACUGCCUCAUCCUCAGCUUCACUCUUUUAAUAGGAACAGGCAUCCAGUACUGCUUCACCAGGAACCUGCACAUGUUUUCCACCAACUUCUACUUCAGCUACUUUGUCAGAGUCGCCACAGGAGCCAUGGCCUGCAUCUUCAUCUGCGUCACCGUCAAUCAUUUCGGUCGACGUGGAAUGCUUCUUCUGUCCGCCAUCAUCACCGGACUGUCCUCGCUGCUGCUGCUGGCCCUCACUCAGUACCUGCAAGGAGGCUUGGUGUUGGUGCUGUCUAUCUUGGGUCUGCUCUUCUCCCAGGCCCUGGCCAUGCUCAGUGUCUUCUUUGCCUGCGAGGUGAUGCCCACCGUGGUGCGAGGGGGAUGUCUGGGCCUGGUGCUGGCGGCAGGCUGCGUGGGCAUGGCCGCCUCCUCCCUGAUGGAGCUGCAGAACAACGGCGGCUACUUCCUGCAUCACGUGAUCUUCGCCUCCUUCGCCGUGCUGUCGGUGCUGUGCAUCAUGCUGCUGCCCGAGAGCAAGCGCAAGCCCCUCCCAGACUCGCUGAAGGAGGGCGAGAGCCGGCGCCGGCCGCCGCUCUUCCCGUCUCAGCCCGACAGGGUCCACCUGCCGUUGCUAUGCCAACGACCCCCGCUGUCGGAGUACAGCCCCGACAGCUACUCCCGCCUGGUCAGCGCCACCAGGAGGAUGCUGGGUAAAGACAUGUUGCCGUACAGGAUCGCCGCGCCGACUCCUCGCCAAGCGCAGGAGAGCGAGCCGCUGAGGGAAGCAUCUUAACUGACAUGGGACGCUCUUAAAGAGGUUGCUGUUGCAUGCAGGGCCGGCUCAUGGCAGAAACACUCCCACAGCCACAUGGCAUAAACACUCCCACUCCCACAUGGCAUAAACACUCCCACUCCCACAUGGCAUAAACACUCCCACAGCCACAUGGCAUAAACACUCCCACUCCCACUUGGCAUAAACACUCCCACAGCCACAGCAUCCUGGCCUUGGCUUUUUCUUUCUUCGAGUCAUCUGGCCAUUAUAACAUUUUAUGUCAUAAAAGUGCCAGAAUAUAAUACAUCUAUUUAUGUUUAAAUAACGCAUAACUGUGGUGCAUUCAAGGACCCUUGAUUCAGGUUCAAAACAAGUUUUAAAGACAGUAAUAAAAAAAAUAUAUAUAUAUAAUAAUGAUGUAUUAUGGUCAUUACAAAUAAUAUCUACCUUACAUUAUGAAGUAAAGGGAGAAACUUAAUAAUCAUAUUUAAGUGAAUAAUGAUUAUUAAAAAAUUCAACAUUCUGGCUACUUUAUAUUAAAUUUGUUUGCACUAUUUUGUAAAAUAAAACAAAACAGAACUUUGUGUUAAGAAUAAAACACUUUAUAAGUUAGGGAGAUUUAUAAUAUUUUAGGGAGACUUUUGCCUAAAAUUUUUGUAUAUAUGUAUGUAUAUAUAUUUAUAUAUGUGUGUAUA